AUGGGCCCCCUGCGGCAGGACCACCGGGAAGAGGGCGUCUGCCCCAUCUGCCAGGAGUGCCUGAAGGAGGCAGUGCGCACCGACUGCGGCCACCUCUUCUGCCGGGCCUGCCUGGCCCAGCACCUGGAGAAGGCCUCGGCCUCCGGAGUCCGCAGCUGCCCCCUCUGCCGGAAGCCCUGUUCCGAGGGGGUGCUGGGGGCCGGCUAUACCUGCGAUAGCCACCAGAAGAAGGUGUGCUGGUUCUGUGAGGAGAGCAGAAGUCUUCUGUGCAUGGAAUGCCUGGUGACCCCUGAACACAAGUCUCACAAUGAACUGACCAUUGAAAAUGCCAUCAGCCACUACAAGGAACGACUCAACCGCAGGGUCAGGAAGCUCAGAAAGGACAUCUGUGAACUCCAGAGGCUCAAAACUCAGGAGGAGGAGAGACUGCAGGAGAUGAAGGCAGAUCGUGGGACCCACAGGCUGGAGGCUGAGCUGGAGCAGCAACCCCAAACCAGAAGAGAGCCGGAUGCCUCCGCUCAGCGGCAGCCAGACCAGCAGGGGGAUGUGUCAGCAGAGCUGUCCAGAAUCCCUGGCAUCUCCGAGGCAUUACGUCAGCUCAGCAGCCUGGUCACUAAUCUGGAGGGGAUGUCCAAAAAACUGGACACCAGCCUGCUGAAGGAUGCCAGUGACCUACUGAACAGGAGUGCUCCAGAAUUAGAGGCUAUUUAUCCCAACUUAGACAAAAGAAUGAAUGAGUCACUUGUCCAGCCAUCUUCAGCAGCUCUGACCUGUUCAUUCCCGGGCCAUCUCAUCUCAGACUCACCUCACCCUCCUGGCUCUCCUUCCCCCAACCUGUGCAGCCUCCCAUGAGGUCUGCCUGGUGGCCCCUCAGACCUGCCAUCUCCUGAACAUGACCUCCAUUCCUCAUCGCCAGAACUGUGA